AUGUCGUUAAUACAAAGUAUACCUGAUUUACUUUAUGUGAUUUUAUUUGUUAUCAGUUUGAGUUAUUUAACAUACGCUUCACCUCCAGAAGGCACUGAUGUGACAGAAGCUCCAAAGCAAAGAGGUUUUUUUCACUACCUAAUGCAAGCUUUUCUCGAACGUGUUGACCUAAAUAAGAUUGAAGGAAGAAAUAAUAAUGGCAGAGUUAAGAGGCAGUCUAGCGCAGGCAAAUUACAGGACGCAGCCAAGAUGCCUGGUUCAAAAAUAUUAAUGCUUAUGUUAUCGAUGAUCAGCAAUAUGUUCACCACAGACCCCGUCGGUGGGGUACAUCCAAUGUCACCACAGAAUGCAAGACCAGUGGUCAAGCUCUUCAAGGAAAAAAUUAUAGGAUUCCUUUUUCCCAAACCUGGGAAGGCGCAAAAUUAAUGCAUUUACUAUUUUUAUUAUAAUUGAUUACUUUAUAUUUUUUUACUAACAAUUCAGGCCAUUUAAAAAACUAUGCCGUUUUGUAAUAUUAUUAUCAUUCACUAAGUAUUAAGUUGAUAUUGAUAAUGACGUUUUUCUUUUUGGGAAAUGUGUUUUCUCCUGCGGAAUUGUGUCUUUGUUCAGGAG